AUGUCUCCACUCAUUACAACCAUCUCGCGUUCAUAUCCAUGGAUGAAAACGCCAUUGAUCGUCAGUGCCCCGAUGCGGGUCACGUCCGGCCCCACCCUGGCUGUUGCAGUCUCCCGCGCAGGCGGGCUAGGAUUCAUCGGGCCGGGCGUCAAGACUCAGGAUAUCAGCUCCGAUCUCCAAACAGCAUCAAGCCUGAUAGAAUCGCUGUCUGCAUCCCAGUCUCAACCAUCGGCACUACAAAACCAACCCAUUCUCCCCGUGGGCAUCGGCUUCCAACUGUGGAGCGACGACCUCGAAGUCGCCAUCUCCACCAUAAGCAAAUACAAGCCCUGCGCCGCCUGGCUCUUCGCCCCCCGCCACGGACAAAAAGACCUAGAUACCUGGUCCCGGCGGAUCCGGCAUGCAUCCCCAUCCACGCGCAUCUGGAUCCAGAUCGGCACGCUCGCCGAAGCCAGGGAGCUCGCACAGGGGAGUGAAGAACCCGACGUGAUUGUCGUGCAGGGGGCAGAAGCCGGCGGACACGGGCGGGCCAAUGACGGUCUGGGGGUUAUGGCCCUCCUCCCCGAGAUGAUGGACUGUCUUCCCGCGCAUAUCCCUGUGUUUGCAGCUGGGGGAAUCGCGGACGGGCGUGGCGCGGCGGCGGCACUCUGCCUUGGGGCCACGGGGGUGGUGAUGGGCACGCGGUUCCUUGCCGCGACGGAGGCGAGGAUUAGUCCUGGUUACCAGCGGGAGAUUGUGCGGGCCAGUAAUGGGGCGGUCUCGACGACACGGACGUUGCUGUACAACCGGCUUCGGGGCACGGUGGGCUGGCCGGAGGAGUACAGUCCUCGGACGAUUAUCAACAAGUCGUUCAUCGAGCAUCAGGCGGGUCGGCCGUUUGAAGAGCUGAAGGCGCUUCAUGAUGAGGCUCUCAAGGCGGGGGAUGCUGGGUGGGGGCCGGAGGGUAGACUGGCGACGUAUGCUGGGGCUGCCAUUGGGCUGAUUCAUGAUGUGAAGGACGCGGAGACGAUUGUCCGGGAUGUGCAAGAAGAAGUUUUACAGAGGCUUUCGAAUGUGCAGAAGGCUAAUUCGGCGCAGUAG